UUCCAUCAGUUACAGUAAAAGAAAGUGAAGAUUAAGCAGCACACAGCCCUUUGUGCCACCCUCCUCUGGUGGAAACUGAUACCCCGUGGUUGGCCCACCUAGUGCCAGCCAAGUCACCAAUUACAAAACACCAGGAAAGAGAAACUUCUGAGAAGCCAAAAACCUGCCCUCGGGGGGAGGGCCCCUGAGCACUGUCCCUGCAUCAGACUCACCCACUCGGUGUCUGCAUCCGGAGCCCACUUCCCCACUCUGCGCCAGCUGGGACACACCUGCUCCUUUCAGAGAUGGAGAGGGUCAAGGAGAACAAGGUGGACAUCCUGGGGCCUCCCCAGAGCUCGGCUCCCGUGACCACCACUGUGAUCAACAUCCAGACGGAGACACCGGUGCCCGACCACAUCGUCUGGUCCCUGUUCAACACCAUCUUCUUGAACUGGUGCUGCCUGGGCUUCGUGGCCUUCGCCUACUCUGUGAAGGCCCGGGACCAGAAGGUGGCUGGAGACCUGGAGGCAGCCCGGCGUCUGGGGUCCAAAGCCAAGUGCUACAACAUCCUGGCCAUGAUGUGGGCGCUGGUGCCACCGCUGCUGCUCCUGGCGCUGGUGGUGACAGGCGCGCUACACCUGUCCCGGCUGGCCAAGGACUCCGCUGCCUUCUUUAGCACCAAGUUCGAUGACUCGGACUAUGACUGAUAGGCUGGGCCUUGUCCGCAUCCUGACUACGGACCCUGACCCCAGGACCAAAUCCCAGGGCCCUGCUCCGGGGACUCCACCCUGACCCCCUGGAACCCUAUCUCCACCAUCCCACCGUGGGCACCUAAUGCUGACCCCAAAGAUCCCUUGUUUGGACCCCAGUGGCCUCAACUCCAGCCCUGAUGGUCCCCGCUCCCCUACCUCCUUGUGCCCAGGCUGGACCCUCCCUCCUCAUACCAGACUCAUUCAGGCUUGGCUUCAUAAUUAAAAGCACCUGGUUCC